CUUAGCAUAUUUUGAAAGUCAAGUUGCGGUCACACUGGACGUAAGUAACUCCAAAUGGGUGCGUUGUUUGGAAAAUCAAGUAAAAAAACGGCUCCAAGCCGAAUUACGGAGCAGGACAAAGCCGUACUGCAACUGAAGCAACAGCGGGACCGACUGAAGCAGUAUCAAAAACGCAUUGAGCUGCAGCUAGAGAAUGACAGACAACUGGCCAAGAAGUGUCUACAGCAGGGCCGCAAAGAUCGGGCCAAGCUGUUACUCCGCAAGAAGAAGUACCAGGAAAGUUUGCUGACAAAUGCUGAUAAGCAGCUUGAGAACCUGGAAAAAUUGGCCGCCGAUCUCGAGUUUGCCCAGGUGGAGAUGAAGGUGCUGGAUGGCCUGAAGCAAGGCAAUGCAGCGCUGAAAAAGGUGCACGACAUGCUCGACAUCAACGAGGUGGAAAAGAUCAUGGACGAGACCCGCGAAGGAAUCGAAAAGCAGCAAGAAAUCGAUGCCAUAUUGACGGAUGUGUUGACCACAGAGGACGAGGAAGACGUACUCGCCGAGCUGGAUGCCCUCGAGGCCGAGGAGCAAGCUGUGAACUUGCCCAGCGUGCCAAGCGAAGAGUUGCCAGCGGCAGCUGAAGAGGAAGCCGAUGAAGAGGAAAAGGAGCAAACCAAAGCAACGAAAACAGCGUCAAGCAACGCAAAGAAAGUGCUUGUCGAGGCCUAA